UAAAUUUACGUAUUCCGUGGUGAAACGAUUGGCCGAGGGCAGCCGAGGGUUCGCGGAGAAGGUAGUUCGGUAGUUGACAAAACGUCUAUCGCGAGAUUGUGGAAAAAGUGUAUGGUAGAUAUAAAGGAGUAUCGUUCGCAGCCGAAGCUCGUAGUGUCGCGCGACUCGAAUAAAAUUGACGACACGCGAGUCCGUGUAAUCGUGAAUCGAAUAUUAGCGACAGGUCAUCGUACAGGCGCACAAUGAGCUUCCUAUUUGGAAGCAGGUCCUCGAAAACCUUCAAGCCAAAGAAGAAUAUUCCAGAGGGAACUCAUCAAUAUGACUUGAUGAAACAUGCAGCUGCCACCUUGGGCUCUGGGAAUUUGAGACUAGCUGUUAUGCUUCCAGAGGGUGAAGAUUUAAAUGAAUGGGUUGCAGUAAAUACUGUUGAUUUUUUCAAUCAAAUCAACAUGUUGUACGGCACCAUCACAGAAUUUUGUACAGAAGAAAGUUGUCCCAUUAUGUCUGCUGGACCAAAAUAUGAAUAUCAUUGGGCAGAUGGACACACUGUCAAGAAGCCAAUUAAAUGUUCAGCACCCAAAUAUAUCGAUUAUUUAAUGACCUGGGUGCAGGAUCAGUUAGACGAUGAAACAUUAUUCCCUUCGAAAAUUGGUGUCCCUUUUCCAAAAAAUUUCUUGUCCAUCGCCAAGACAAUAUUAAAACGGCUAUUUAGAGUAUACGCGCAUAUUUAUCAUCAACAUUUCAGCGAAGUGGUACAGCUCGGCGAGGAAGCACAUUUAAAUACGUCGUUCAAACACUUCAUAUUUUUCGUUCAGGAAUUCAAUCUGAUAGAAAGAAGAGAAUUAGCGCCGUUACAGGAAUUAAUAGAGAAAUUAACGGCGAAAGAUGCUCGAUGAAUGAUCUCGAUCGUCAUCCGAAAACUCCUCCAAAGAAUCUCACCCGUGCUAUCUUUUAACAAACGUAUAACUGCGCAUGUUAUUUAACUAACCCAAUCAUUGCUAACGCGACCACUGCCUCGUGCCAGGAUUCGCUGAUCAUACGACAUUCUAUUCAUUUAGGAAAAGAAGUGACUGGUAUACGUUUUAUAACGAAUCAUGGACUUGUUAGGUUGAAAUCGAUUUUCAAAAAGGAAAACAAAAAUAAUGUUUUGGGUGUUUACAAAACGGAAACGAUAACGAUUAAGGGGGUGAUGAUUACUAAUGUAGACUUUUGUAAAAUAGUUAUACAUUCGAUGUGAAACUUAGUACUCGUUUUGUUUUAUGUUUUGAAAAAUGAAAUAUUGUUUUUUAAUUAGUCGAGGUGUUUCGUCGUGAAUUGUAAUUUAUUACGCGCAACAAGUUUUUGUACUUGGGGUUUACACGCCAACGAACGUUUUCAAGCCGAAGAACGUACAAGUCAGCGUGAAUCAUACGCAAAGAGAUUAAUUCAUAUCGGCUAUAGAACAGAUAUAGCUCUGCGAACUGUUCAAACAACGACGAUACUCGGUCUUGCGUUUCUAUUUUCAUCGUUCGAUAUUCCGUCUGACUUAUUGCGUUACGAUUUGAUUGCCCUUUUCAAAAUCGUGUCGUCGCUUUUAACGAUACAAGCGGUUUUCGUUGUCGAAUUAGUCGAACGAGUCGGAAUAUAUAAUGUUUAUAUCACGAUACUGCACAUUGUUGGAUUAUAAAAUUAUUAAGUUAAUAUAAUACUAUUAUAUUACUUCAUAAUAUGUAAUUAGUUUAGACGAUUAUCGUGUUAAGCGCUUAAUAGAAAUUAUUUAUAGAGUUAGGAAUUUUAUACGCACUACAUUUUAUCCUUUAUACGAGUGAGUUUUUGAGUCUGUUCUAUUUUAGAGAGCAUAUUAUAUUUAAGCCGUUUGCGUCGUAUCGCUGGGAAAUUUGUUCGAUGAAUUUUAUCGUCCUUUUAUCGCAAAAUUACUUGUUUGUUGAUAUAUAUAUAUAUAUAUAUAUAUGAAAAUUGACGCGCACGUUGACGGCAUUUACCGUUGAAGGGAGAUCAUCAAUUCGUAAAGACAGUCACGAAUUCACGGUUUAGUGUUAAUACGAUGGAUACAGGGUAUCCCAGGAAGAACGCAAAGGGCAAACAUUUUGCAUACAUACAUAUGAUAAACAUGCGCGAUGCGUGUACUCACGAAGCAGUACACGUUCACCCGUGGUUUAUACUUCGCUGUUAAGAGCAAUUUGAUAGUGAUAUCAAAUAGGAUAUAUUCGUUUGUAGCGCGUUCAGCAACGUAUGUUCGUUUUCUCGCUUAUAGGAAAUGAGAUGUUAAUAUAUAUAUAUAUAUAUAAAGAUGCUUACUGUUCCCACGCACGGCGAACUGCACCGUUGCGAUCAAGUAUUAAAUGGACGCAUUGUAUCCGCUUGUAACGAUAGAAAUACUCUUUAGAAGUUUUCUUCUGUUCACACUCUGCCCUUUGCUGUGAUGAUCAGAGUUUGCAUUUUUAUGUAACGCGCAACGCUUAGCAAAAACGCAGUGACUUUACCAGAUACCGUGUGCGUACGAGCUUAAAUUGUUUAUCGCGUAUAGUUUGCGGAAGAGGUAUAGCGAACUAGAAAAUCUUUGAGUCGAGUAGCGUGGUGGGGGGUUAGCCACACGGUGACCUUGAGCGGCCAGUAGAUUUGUCCUCUACUCUCAAUCGCGCUACUGGCGUAGCUCUCUGUUUUUCCGAGUCCGCUUCUUCUGCUUCUUUGUACUCUUAACCAGAGUUGGGCAAAAUUUUAUUCGAGUAAUAAAUGAUGAAAACUCUGUACAUGGAGUUAUCGAUUCAACGAGAAGCAUCAUUUCAUCGUAAGGCUUAUUAAAGAAAAAGUUUAUCAUUUAUUUAUUAUCUAGAAUUUUGCCCAUUUCUGCACUCGACAAACGUGCGCGUUUGCAUUUAAAACGAGCGUAGGAACAAAUGAUAUAUUUUCAAGUGUCCACGGACCGGAAAACACGAGGAAUCCUGUUUUUCUUUUCUUUUCCUUUCCCGACCGGGCGUUGAACGUAUCGCGACACCGUGUAUGUAAUCGCAUGUGAUACUUUUUGAUGUCAAUCGCGGCAGGAUCAAUGAAAAAUUUCACAAGGUCCAGGGACUAAUAUAAAUGUAUUUUAUUAUAAACGAUGUAAAACGA